AUGUUCGUCAUGGGAUUCAGUAAAAAAGCUCGCUUGCUGCGUCCUUUCCUUAUAUGUUUGUUCUCUACGACACGUAUGGUCUGUGCCUUGGACUCCAUUUCAUCAUCUGUGUCAAUCCAAGAACCUGAAACAGUAAGCUCAAGUAAUAACAUGUUCACACUAGGAUUCUUCAGUCCUCAAAAUUCUACAAAUCGCUACCUGGGAAUUUGGUGCAUGUCCGAGUCUUCUAUUGUUUGGGUUGCUAACAGAAACAACCCACUAACAGAUUCUUCUGGGAUUCUCACAAUAUCAGAAAAUGGCAAUCUUGUUGUUUUGAAUGGUCAAAGACAGGUUCUUUGGUCAACAAACGUCUCACAAGUUGCCUCAAACUCUAGUGCUCAACUCUUGGAUUCUCGCAACCUUGUCCUUACUGAUGGAAUUACAGGAGUAUCCGUAUGGCAGAGUUUCCAACAUCCUGGCAAUACACUAUUACCAUACAUGAAAGCCAGUACUAAUAAAAGAACAGGUAAGCAAGUGAAACUUACAUCAUGGAAAAGUGCAUCUGAUCCAUCUUAUGGAGAAUUUUCUUGCAGUCUUGAAGUCCGUAAUGUAACUGAAGUAUUUGUGUGGAAAGAAAAUCAUCCUUAUUUUCGAACUGGUCCCUGGGAUGGCGCAGAGUUUCUUGGGGUACCAAGGACAGAUUCAAUUAACAAUAAGGAUGGGUUUCAAGUGACAGAAGACGAUGUGACUGUGGAACUAUAUUUUUCAUACAAGUAUUUUGUGACUUUUACCCUAAAUCCUCAAGGUAAAAUAGAACAACGGCUUUCGAAUUCCCAGACAAAUAGAUUGGAACUUAUGAGGAUGAUUGGUUCUUCAGAGUGUGAUGCUUAUGGCAAAUGUGGUCCAUUCGGGAUUUGUAAUUUGCAGACCUCCCCAAUUUGCAGCUGCUUGAGAGGGUUUGAACCAAGGAACAAAGAAGAAUGGGAAAGGCAAAAAUGGACCAAUGGGUGUGUUAGAAGAGAAGCACUUCAGUGUGAAAGAGACACAAAUGAUUCUCAAGUUAGCAAAAUAGAUGGGUUUUGGAGGCUGGAGAGAGUGAAAUUACCAGAUGAUGCACAAGUGUCACCUUCUUUCUCUGAGGCUAUCGUAGACUGUCAAACUGCAUGCCUCAAGAAUUGCUCUUGUAUCGCUUAUGCUCAUGAAAGAAACCUUGGCUGUAUGAUUUGGUAUGCAGAUUUACUCGACUUACAGAGCUUACCAGGCGAAGAGAUUGAUGUUUACAUACGUUUAGCCUACUCAGAACUAGGCAUAGGCAAGAGGAAGAUGACAUGGCCAAUUAUGAUAUCGGUUUUUAUAGGGCCAAUUCUCAUUACAGUGUCUGGAUAUUUCCUAUGGAAAAAAUGCUCAAACCAAAAAGGUGAAAUGCAGGUACAGACUCCAGACAUAACAAGGAUGAUGCCCCUGAAGCAAGUCCAUAUCCCAGAUCUAUCAUUGUUUUCUUUGAGAAAGUUGGAAACUGCAACAAAUAACUUUGACAUAUCAAAUAAACUUGGACAGGGUGGUUUUGGUCCAGUUUACAAGGGGGCAUUGGAAGAUGGGCAGGAAAUAGCUGUAAAAAGACUAUCAAGAUUAUCCGGACAGGGUAUGGAAGAAUUUAUAAAUGAAGUGGAGUUGAUCUCUAAGCUUCAACACCGAAACCUUGUUAGACUUCUUGGAUGUUGCAUUGAAGAAGAGAUAUUGGUUUAUGAAUACAUGCCAAACAGAAGUUUGGAUACAUAUAUCUUUGAUCCAUUAAAACAAAAAUCCUUAGAUUGGGAAAAGCGCUUCACUAUAAUCGAGGGAAUAGCUAGAGGAUUGCUCUAUCUUCACAGAGAUUCAAGAUUACGAAUUAUACAUAGAGAUUUAAAGGCAAGUAACAUAUUAUUGGAUGAGAAAAUGAAUCCAAAGAUAUCAGAUUUUGGAAUGGCUAAACUUUUUAGAAGUAGUGAAAAUCAAGCAAAUACAGAAAGAAUUGUUGGAACAUAUGGCUAUAUUUCUCCAGAAUAUGCAACAGAAGGGCUCUAUUCAGAGAAAUCUGAUGUAUUUAGCUUUGGUGUUUUGCUGCUGGAGAUUAUUAGUGGAAGAAAAAACACCAGCUUUUAUGAAGAUGCAGAAUGUUUCACACUUUUAGGAUUUGCAUGGAAAUUAUGGAUAGAUGACAAUGUUAUGCCUCUAAUAGAUCCACAAAUAUAUGAUCCAAGCUUUUACAAGGACAUAUUGCAGUGCAUGCAUAUUGGGCUUUUGUGCGUGCAAGAACUUGCAAAAGAUAGGCCCACAAUGGCCUGUGUAAUGUCAAUGCUUCAUAGUGAGAUUAUGGAUAUUCCUCUCCCAAACCAACCUGCAUUCAUUCUCAGGCAGACCAUGUCUCUUGCAGAAGAGCAAACUACAAAAAAUGGAUCAUGUUCCAUCAAUAAAGUAACCAUCUCUAAUAUCGAGGGGAGAUAG